AAAGGGCAAGAGAGUAUGUGGUAAAAAGAGAGAAAUGAGGAAGAAGUGAAUGGUAAGCUACAUGUAGCAAUGAAUGAAAGAAGCAUUCAUGAUCGUGAAUAGUCGGUAAUGCUCGGGAAGUUUCGUUAUGCAUGUGAUAAUGUCGUCAUAGCGAUCGAACGAGAUUUCUACGGACUUUAUGUUGACGCGUGUUGUGUGUGCUUCUUAACUUUCUGGUCCUCUUAUUUCUUCAUCAUCUAUCUACUUACCAUAAACCUUUUUCCUUUUUUCCUUUUAAAAAUUAUAAUAUCAAAAUAAUUACUCGAGAGGUGUAUAGUGCGUCGUAUAAAAGCGAGAACGCCCAAGAAAGGUAGCUGUCACGAUGUUUACAGUUGAUGAUGAUAAUCAGAAAGCCAAUCGAUACAAGCCGGAGAAAAUUAAUUAUCGUCUGCCGGAUGCCGUACGGCCGACGCAUUAUAAUAUCAAGUUGACAUCAACCUUUUCAAUCUUUGAUGGCGAAAUAUGUAUUGAUCUUGAAGUUCGGAAAUCAACGUUCGAUAUAACAUUGCAUUGUAAACAAAUCGUCGUAGACAAAACUACGACGAUGUUGACAAAUUCUAAAAACGAACGUUUAUUUCCGAUAGAGCAAGAUUACGUCGAUGAAAAAGAAUUUUUCAUAGUUCGUUUUACAAAUGCUUUACAACCAGAUUGUUACAAGCUUCAUUUCAAGUUUAACGGCUUUAUCGACAAUGAUAAUCACGGUUUUAAUAGGAGAGUUUGUACUGAAAGACAAGAUAGUUGCACACGAUAUGCUGUGACGAAUUUUAAGACGAUCUUUGCACGUCGUGCUUUUCCCUGCUUUGAUGAACCUGAUAUGAAAGCAACGUUUUCCAUUUCCAUAAAGCAUCAAGCAUUAUACAUCGUUCUUUCGAAUAUGCCAAUCAAAGAACGAUCACUGAUCGACAAAGAGGGAAAUAUAUGGACACAUUUUCAAAAAACGCCGAUUAUGUCCACGUACUUGUUAGGUAUCGUUUUAUUACCACACGAUAGUACAUGCAUUUCUAAUCACGAUGGUACGGUUAACGUUUGGUGUAGAAAAAAUUGUUCUCAAGUUGCCAAACUGAUUCAUGAAGUAACGGAAAAGACAAAAAUUCAACUUGAAAAUUACACCGGUAUUAUCAAACCAAUACCAAAGAUAGAUCACGUAUUGAUUUCCAAUCAUUCAAGUGUAUCUUCAGAAAAUUGGGGUCUUAUCGUCUACAACGAAAGCGAUGUAACGUAUGUGGAGGAUCCUUCGGAUACGUAUAAUGUAGAAACCGUAACCAGACUUAUAGCACACGAUUUAGUUCAUCAAUGGUUUGGAAAUCUAGUCGGUCCUUCCUGGUGGGAUCAUUUAUGGUUAAAUGAAGCUUUUGCUCAAUAUUUUCAGUAUUACUUUGUUGAUAAGAUAUAUCAAGAGUCGAGAGUGUUAGAUAUAUUUGUAGUGGCUGUUCAACAAGCAUGUGCACUUUUCGGAGAUUUUUAUUCAUUUGUACAACAUAAAAAAUCAUUCAAAUGUAUUUACCAAGAGCCUUAUUUGGGCGUACAUGCUAUUGCUUGUCGUAAAGGAUCAUGUAUUUUACGUAUGCUCUCUCACUGUCUUUCCGAAGAAAUCUUUCAUAAAGGAAUCGUAACCUAUCUCAAUACAUUCCAGUACGAUACAUCCACACCUGAUCAAUUGUGGAAAAUAUUCGAGGAAACGAUGAAACCGGAAAAAAUUAAUAUCAAAGAAAUGAUGGAUACAUGGGUAAAACAAAAAGGAUAUCCUCUUGUGACGGCAAAACGAGAUUGUAAUACUGGUGUAAUAAUUGUAACACAAGAACGUUUUAAACAAUUUAAUAGUGACGACGAGGAAGAUGAUGAAGUUGAUGAUAACGAUGAUGAUAAUGACGAUAAUGCAAAGUGGUGGAUACCCAUCAAUUAUACAAGCAGAAGCGAAGCAAAUUAUUCCUCAACUUUACCAACGCAUUGGUUAAAGCCAAAAGAUGAGAAUUUGACGAUCGAUAAUGUUAAUGCGAACGAUUGGUUCAUUCUUAAUGUACAACAAACGGGCUAUUAUCGAGUUAAUUACGACAAGGAUAAUUGGAAGAAAAUCGCUGAGUAUUUGGAUUCGGAAAAUUACAUAAAAAUUCACCCUUUGAAUCGUGCACAGAUUAUCGAUGACUCAUGUUAUAUGGUUCGAACGAAACGUUUAAAUCCAAUUAUUUUCUUGGAAAUUAUAAAAUAUUUGUCACGUGAAACGGAUUAUAUACCGUGGUAUUCAGCAUUUAGAGCUUUUCGAACGUUUCAAGAUUAUUUCACAUUUCCAAAAAGUGCUGUCUUCCUUAAGCCUUACGCUCUAGAAUUGAUCGAUGGUCUUUUACGGAAUGUUGGUUAUGAUGAAAAUCCAAACGAUGAUCACUUAACGAAAUUAAAAAGAGUCGAAGUUCUUCAAUUGGCCAGCGAUCUUGGACAUUUGGAAUGUAGGAAAGUUGCGAAUGCGAAAUUGAUCGCAUAUAUAGAGGAUCCAGAUUCAAAUCCUAUACCUUCUAAUUUAAAUACAUGGGUAUUUACUAAUGGGAUGAGAGAAGCUGACGAAAUACUAUUUAAUAAAUUUCUUAAGAGGUAUAAGAAUAAUCCAAGCUUUCCAACGUUUCGCUACUUAUGUAGUAUCGAAGAUCCUGUGUUAGUCGAGAAGCUAUUAAAAUUAACGUUAACUGAUGAUUCACCGAUUUCGAAGGACGAUCGAGUAGAGGUUUACCGUUCUGUCAUGUACACGAGUGUUAAGAACGUAAACACCACCAUAGAUUUUAUUGUAGAUAAUUGGAAAAAGAUAAGUGCAAGAAUCGAAGAUGCAGAUGAGAUAAUUGAUGAUGUCGUGGGUGAAAUUACUUCUUGGGAUCAAUUUCACAAGGUAAAAUUGUUUAUGAAAGCGAACAGACUGAACGGAAAGCGAAGCAUAGACGAUGUGGAAACGUUUUUGAAAAAAGCGGAGGAACAUACAUCUGAAAUUUUUAAGUGGAUGAAGAUGCAAAGUUCAUUACAAAAUGUCGAUGAAAAAUUAGAAAAUUUGCAUUUUACGAAUGUACAAAACAUAUGAAAUACAAAUUUUAAAAUACAUUUUGAAAUAUAUAUGUUCAAAGACAUUACAGUUCACAAUUUUCCUAUUUUGUCGUUAUCUUUAAUUUUUUAAACGAUAAAUGUUUUUCUUUGGUAAUAGCUAGGUACACAGACAAUGUGAAAAAAUGUUGAAAGUAUCUGAAAUCUCUCGGUAACGAAAGCGGAUAACAUUUAUCGGAAAGAAAUUUUCGAUAAGAUAUAAAGCAAAAAUCAAAAUAUAAAAAUAUGAAACAUAUUAUCUUUCCAAACAGUUUAAAUAGUCUUGUGAUAUUAUUCGACUUAUGUCUUAAGUGCAUGAUAAAAUACGUCAAAAUAUUUACAGAAAUAUUGCACAGAUUGAUGAAAUUUGUAACAUGCAAAUUUUUGCCUUGUGAUUUUUCCAAAUUUUAAUUGAUCAAUUAAUUCUUUUUUCAAAUAGUCACUGCACAAUAUAGAAUUAUACGUAUGCUUUGUAACAAUGAACUACCUCAAGAGAUAUUUUGUACAAACUAUUUAUUUACUAAUAUAAGCGAAUCAUUUUAGAUUA